AUGACUCAUCUGACUAAUCAAGAAAUCGAUUGUUCAUUUACACCUCUCUUGCCGCCACAUUUUGGUGGAAUUUGGGAAGGCGCUGUUAAGUCCUUCAGACAUCAUCUCGUUCGAGUAGUAGACAAGGAAUUAAUGACAUUCGAAGAACUAAAUACUCUAAUAAUCAAAGUCAAAGCCAUCCUUAAUUCAAGGUCACUCGUUCCGGUAUCAGCAGAUCCGAAGGAUAUCCAAGUACUCACCCCAGGCCAUUUCCUAUUUGGGACUACACUCACAGCACCACCAGCACAAGAUCUCAGUAAUGAAAGACCUAGCCUGUUGCCGAGAUGGCAGCUUGUCGAAAAAAUGAAGCAAGACUUUUGGACACGUUGGCAUAAAGAAUAUUCAAAUGAUUUGAACAUCAGAAAGAAAUGGACAGCGGGUACACAUGAAAUUCAGAUCGGAUCUAUUGUAUAUCCCACGAAUGCAGUGGAAACUGGCACUCGUAAUUGA